GAGAGACGGAGAGACACACACAGACAGUCAGCGCGGCGCAGCAGAGCGCUGACAUCGCAGCCACAGCUGACUCCUUUUGUUUUGUUUGCUUGAUUGUUUUCUUUGGACAAUAAACCGGUACUUUUGCUCCCUCAACGCCGCCUCCUCGUCCUUCCCGAACCCCAGUGAGUGGGAAAAGCUCACAGUGGCGCCUGAAUAGGGACAUGGAGGGACAAACUCCGCUGUCGCUGGCCCUUCAGCACCUCGCUGCGAUGCAGGAGAGCACCACCACGCUGCAGCAGCAGCAGUCCCAGCUCCUCGCGGACAUUGCGGCGUCACAGCGGGACGAUCGUGCUCUCCUGCGGGAGCUGCUGCAACGCCCGGCUGCCCACGGCGCCGACCCGGAGCCCGGUCGAGGACGGUCUCCGCCCGUCGCCCUGCAGCGGAUGACCGCGGAAGAUGACCCGGAGGCAUACCUGGACAUCUUCGAGGGCACGGCGGAGGCGUGUGGGUGGCCUGAGGAGGAGAGAGCGCUUCGGCUUCUUCCCCUGCUCACUGGCGUGGCGCAGUUGGCCGCGCACAGCCUGCCGGCGGCGGCGCGCCACGACUACACACAGCUGAGGAGAGUCAUCCUGGACCGGCUGGGCAGUACGUCGGAGGGACACCGGCGGCGGUUCAGGGGGCUCUCCUUUGAAGAAGCCGGGCGCCCCUUUGCAUACGCGCAGCAGCUUCUGGACGCAGCGAGGCGCUGGCUCCAGCCGGGGACCCACUCCGCUGAGGACGUCGUUGGACAGGUGGCGCUGGAGCAGUUCAUCGCUGGGUUACCAUCGUCCACAGCCAAUUGGGUCCAGUGCCACCGCCCGGCCAACAUCGAGGCAGCGAUCGUCCUCGCGGAGGACCAUCUCUCUCUUCCCCGGCGGAGCAUGAGGGAGGAGACCAGGCCAGCGACGAUCCCUGCCAGCCGUCCCACUCCGGCCCCGAGGAGGAGGUUCCCAGCGGCAUCGGCUCCUACACCACGCACACACACACAGCCGGAGCAUGCAUCGCUCCGGUCAUCUAAUUACCCUCUGCCGUCUUUCCCUCAGGGCCCAGCCUACGUGUCUGAUCACCUGGCACCCCGGGGGGCUCCUCAGACGCCAGGGCAGGUGUGCUGGCGGUGUGGGCAGCCCGGCCACAUCAGAGCGGAGUGCCCGCUCAUGGAAGUGGGGCAAGUGGUUCGGGUUGCCGGGCCGCCGGCCCCCUCCCCCGGUUCGGAAGGGACGUACCGUAUACCGACCGACGCCUCGAACAGCGGGCUGGGGGCCGUUUUGUCCCAGGAGGUGGAGGGGGUCGACCGCCCCGUACUGUACAUUAGCCGGAAGCUAGCUCAGCGGGAGGUGAGCUACAGUACGGUGGAGAAAGAGUGCCUCGCCAUACGGUGGGCGGUCGGUGCCCUCCGCUACUAUCUCCUGGGGCGCCCAUUCACCCUCUGGUCGGACCAUGCCCCGCUCCAAUGGCUCCACCGCAUGAAAGAUGCCAACGCGCGGAUCACUCGCUGGUAUCUGGCUUUACAGCCUUUCCGGUUCAAGGUGAUCCAUAGGCCGGGGAACCGCAUGGCCGUGGCCGACUUUCUCUCCCGCUCUGCGGAGGGGGGGGGGAGUGGGCUUGCGGCCGGCGGGGUCCCGGCCUAAGUCGGGCGGUGGGGGUAUGUGGCAGUGGGGCUUGGUUAGAGCGACGGCUGCUGGAGGG